AUGGCGAUACCUGAAUCUGAUAUUACCACCGCCGGAUCUCAACAAUCUUUGGCAGAGAAGCACUCAACCCGGUCCCAAUGGGGCUCGACGUCGGAUGAAUUCGACAACCAAAAAAGCUAUGAUCGCGGCAGUGAAGACGCCAUGAGCGAGGAAACUCUUCAAGGCAUGCCCUUUGAAGAGGAGACAUCGGCUAUGUCCAAGCUUCACCAUGGGCUAAAAUCCCUUGCUAUUACUCUUUUGCCGAGCCCAAUUUCAAGAUUCUGCGGCUACAAAGUCGAAGUCCCUACACGCCAGAGUCCAACAGCAUACCUAGAUGGUAUGCGAGGAGUUGCUUCAUUUUGUGUUUAUCUGGAGCACGUCGCUAUGAAGUUCCAUCCUUUGAUGUUUGAGGAAUAUGGAGAUCAUCCAUAUUUCUGGCAACUACCCAUCAUCCGUCUUGCUUUCUCUGGCAGUGUAAUGGUUGCUAUAUUUUUUGUUAUUUCUGGCUUUGCUCUGGCGCUUCGACCAUUGGAGUUGAUCUAUGAGAAAGAUUGGGAGCGACUUUACCGUUCAUUAUCUUCUGCCACAUUUCGAAGAGCCUUUCGCAUAGUGCUUCCGCCGAUGGCAGUCACGUUUGUGAUAAUGUUGCUCACCAGAACACACGUGUUUGAUGCCAAAUACUCGGGAACGGUGGAUAUGGACCUUGGCGGCCCGAUCUACCAAGAAACAUUCUUACUUCAAUUUGUGGACUGGCUGGAAUAUGUGUUCAGCAAGCUGCUAUACCCUUAUGAGUGGACAGUAUCACUUCACAACGUGACGAAGUCUGAAUAUGCGGCACCUCUGUACACCAUACCAAAAGAACUAUGGUGUUCUUUCCUACUCUUCAUUACACUCACUGGCCUGGGAAGGUUGAGACCAGUCGUUCGUCUUGGAUUCACUUUGUUCUUGAUCUACUAUGCAUUUUGGUGCAUGCGAUAUGAUAUUUCUUGCUUCCUUUGCGGAAUGCUUAUCGCUGAGCAUCACGUUCGUAAAGCAAGAUCCGUAGUUGCACCCAAAUCCAUGAGCAGAAAAUUAUGGUCUGCCCUGGGAUGGUCUGCAGUCUUGUUUGCUGGUUUAUGGUUGGCUUCGAUUCCUCACAUCCAUGGGUCGUAUGGAUCAACUACCUUCGGGUUCCAAACAAUCUCGGCUAUCAUUUCUUGGGAAUCCAAUGUAUUCGUAGUUGGAUCCAUCCUCAUUGUAUGGGCAAUCUCGAACUUACCCCUCCUCCAAAAAAUCUUUACCUCUCCAAUUCCUCGAUAUUUGGGCCAGAUUUCGUUUGGUUUGUAUUUGGUACAUUGGCCAAUCCUUGCCUCUUGGGGCUGGCGACUUCAGCCAGCCAUCUGGAAGCUCACUGGCAAUGACACUGACUUCAAUCACGCAUUUGGAUUUACAAUAUCAUUCAUCUGCAUUACACCGGUGGUUAUAUUUUUUGGGGACCUAUUUUGGCGGGUUGUGGACCUAGGAUCAAUCAAACUCGCGAAGCAAUUGGAGGCUGAUCUGAUUGUUCAAACUAUAUAG